UAAAAAUCUAAUAAUUGUACAAACAAAAAAACACCGCAAAAUUGUGCAUUUGAAUCGGGAAGUGCAGCGCUUACAUGUGCAACAUGUUAUUUUUUUGAUGACCGCAUCCACGCCCAUCGACGCCGACAACGUUUUUGACCUCGUUCGCAAAUAAGUAAACGAAAAAUAUGGAUAAUGCCCAUUACAUCUUCAAAGACGUCGAUUUCACAGCAACGAAAGACAACAAUUUACCUUCAAGCGAUGUCAAUAUAAAAGAAGAAGCAAUAGUGGAUGAAGAUAUUCUUCUACUGACUUCGGCUGAGAUGGAAGAGUUCUCCAGAGACUCCAGCAACUUUCGGAUGGUGGAGGACAUUGUGGACGGUGACGCUUUGAUGGAGAACUCUUCGUUCAACAUUCAACAAUUGAAUGACCCUCAAAUGAAUCAAACGCUCACGGGGGAAAACUUCACCAAACUCCCCAUUGACGUUGGAAGCUUUUAUAAAAUGGACCAGAUGAAAACUGACAGGAAUAUGACCCAUUUUGUCAAGUACAAAAUACAAGAUGGGAGGCAUUCCAAAGUUUACGAAUGCGGAAUUUGUUCGAAAGAAUUCGGUCAUCAGUAUACCCUCAUGAGACACCUCCCGACCCACACCGAUGAAAGAAAAUUCCAGUGCAACACCUGUGGUAAAG